AUUAGUUUUCACCUGUCCUCACGUCACGCACCUGUCUCACGUUUUGCACUCGCGCACCUGUCACUAAUCAUGUCGGUAUUAUUUAAGCUUUCAGUUGCCAGGCAGUCCGUCUGGCGACAUUAACUCUGUUUACCUCUGUCAUUUUCAUGCCCUGCUUAUUCCAUCGUAUUAUGCUUCUUGCCAUUCCACGUAAGUUUUUGUUCUGCUCAUGUCUGUCAGUACGUGGACUAUGGCGGUGCAAAUUACUGCACAGAUUGCUUUCCCAGGAUGCAAAACAACUAGACUGGACUUGGCUUGAAGGAUGUUGCAGGCAGCUCCAUCACAUUAAGUCCGCUACAGAACCGUUCCUCACGAUGCCUUCGCUGUCAGGGAUAAGAUGGAUUGUUUUGGGUCUGCUUCUCUGGAGGAAACAGGCAGCUGCUUCUGUGGCGGUUUCUCUUGUCGCCCCCACAGCGCGGGCUAAGGAGACGCGAUGCUCUUUGGCUCGAGUUGGAGCGCGCCACCCGGUUGAGGCUCUGCUGGAGAGGUUUGAAGCCGGUCCAGGCUGCGCCGCCAGAGAGCGUGGAGAUAAGGAGACUCACGUCAUCGCAGUGGGGAGAGGAACAAAUGGACCUGACAACACGGUCACAGUCUUGCUGAAGCCCUUGUCUCUGACCCAAACGGAUCUAAGAACAGUUCACUUGCUACUCAGCUCUAAACGACCAAUCAGCUGGCAGCUCGAAAUUGAAAAACUUCCCCUUGACCUCUCUGUGCUCGUAACGGUGUCCUCAAACUCUAGCGUACAGUCCCACACUCUCCAGCUGCACGUCCAGCCGUUGCAUUGGCUCCCUUUCCGCCCACGUGCGCUGUACCGCUGGGCUCUGAAACACCAUGGCCACAUGUCGUCUCUGACACACGUCACUCAUGGAAACCGAGUCUAUGUCCGACUGGGAGAGGAUGUGACUCAGCCUCCUGUAUGCCAGCUUCAGUCCAUGUUUCUCUCCAAAAACUACAUGAACUCUGACCUGCAGCCACAAGAAAUCCAAGGCUGUGGUAAUUCCACAGCAGGUGGAAUCAACCAAGAGGUCCAUGUGUUAAAACUCCAUUCAGCAGGCUCGGGACUCUGUGGCUCUCUGCAGGUGGAGGUGAUCGUCUCCCUCGUGCCUCCGUCAAACAAGUCUUUGAGACAAAAGGUUGUGCUGAUCCUCAGCAGCUCGGUGCCAGUCAACUGGGCCAUUGUUGCUCACGGAGUCCACGGUCAUAUCGAUAUUCACUCCUCCAACAGCGUGUCCCCCCCCCACCCUCCGGAGGACCACCUCACUCUGUCCACCACACUCGUCCCCCAUCUGUCCUCCAUAACGGACCUUCUGGUGUGGGCCAACGCUAGCGGCUACGACAACGUGACCUCAUACACCGAGGCCGACCAGGCCAAUCGCUUUGUGGUCCAGCUGUCUGGAACAGGACCAGUUGUGAGAGCGGUUGCUAAGCGACCUAAAUGGGCGGAGGAACGCCGCCUCAGAGAAUGGCUCCAUGGGGGCCCCGGAUCAGGAGGAAGCCCAGAGAGUUUGACAGUGCAGUGCGAGGACGGACGCCUGAGCGUGACCCUGGACCGUCACGCCUUGCAGAGUUUGUCCGUGCCAGUUUCUGCCGUGACUCUGCGGGACCCAAGGUGCCAGGCUCAGUACAACGGGAGUCACUUCCUGUUGGUGUUCCCGGUCAUUUCCUGUGGGACCGAGGGACAGUUCCUGGGGCGAACCAAAGGGGUGCAGUACAAAAACAUGGUGUUGCUAUGGAGAGAGCUGCCACACAACGACACUGACCCCAGAAGUUCAUUUGGCAUACAUUUCAGUUGUUUGGCCGACCUACCCGCCAGUCCUUCAGAAACUCCAGAUGGCGACAUAAACGCUUCUCAGGCGCCCUUGGGUCUGGUGCCGGAUCCUGGACCGAUCCCCUUCCAAAAACGCAUACUCAAAUCUGGACCUUUGCUUCUGUUGCAACUGUUUGUCACUGAGAGCUACAAGCAGCGGCGUAUCGGACCGUGUGUCAUCGCUGCAGACCAGCGGGUCUACGUCCAGAUUUCUGCCAUGGGUUCCUUCAUCCAGGUCGCCGAGGUGACCUCCUGUGUGGUCUCUCCUCUCUCCGACCCUAAAAGUUCUCCUUUCUGGGACGUCAUAAGGCACGGUUGUCCCGUAGAACCUUCGCUCACGCUUGUCAAUCCGAGCGAGGAGGAGGAUGAGACCAAAGACGAAGAAGACGAGGAGAUGGAAGAUGAAAAGGAGGUGAAAGACAAAGAUGCCUCCCCUCGCUCCAAAACUGGAGGAAGAGAAGGAUCUUUGAGGGAGAAAACCAGCAGCACGCCCAUACGGCCGUUAAGAUUUAGUUUCCUCUUACGGCCAGUUUACAAUGUCUCCAUGCAGUUUCUGCACUGCAGCCUUCGCCUCUGUGUCUCUGACACCACAUCGGAGGAACCCAGCAAGAAAACGGCCAAGAAAGAGUGUGAGGACGGCGAGGGUAUUCCUCCUCUCAUUUCAAGGACGUCUGCACAUCAGUGUGAGACCAGAAACCUGACCAGACCCAUGGUGGUCACCCAACCCAUGAGCUCCCGGGCACACAAAGCGGUGAAGGCCGCCACAGGUCAAAGGACAAAGAGACUGUCCCCCCUGACAAGUCCAGAGCCACCCCAGCAACCAAGUGUGUUGGUGCACACAGGACCCGUGAUGGGAAUUGCCUUUGCAGCCUUUGCGAUGGGUGUCAGCUUGAUGGGGGGGCUGUGGUGCAUCUACAGUUCUACUGGCACGCGGCAGAUAUGGCUUGAGGGCGAAGGAUAUUUAACAGACCAAACUACAGGAGGCAUCACCAGUCCAACGUCACCGUCGCAUCAGCUCACCAGUUCGGUGUAAAGGUUCCCUCCGUGAGAUGGAAGCAAGACCACUGGAAGUAACACCUCGUUGGGGGGGUUGAAAACUGGAGAAGACCUUUAUACUGACUUCAAAGUGGGGACAAGAACACCUUUCUUGUGCAUUCUAAAUAGAGAAAAACUGCUAGUAUGAGGCAGCUAACAGUGCUGGUUAUUGUUAAUUACCGUAAAUUCCGGCCUACUUUUUUCCUUCGCCUUGAGCCCUGCGGCUUAUUUUGUUUCAUUUUUGUUUUCUUUUUUGGACAAACUAGAUACACUGCCUUAUAAGUGUUACAGCAACAAAAUGCUAAUUUUCAACACCAGGAGGCUCAUAGGAUACAGAAUACGUGCGAAAAUGUUACAAAAUAUACAAUGAAUCAAAUUUGCAAUACAUUAAUAAUGUGUACAACUUUGCUCUGAUUUCUGCCACAGUUUAAAGACGUUUAAGUCAGUUUAUAAAACGGUGCGGCUAAUUUAUGGAUUUUUCUUCGCCGACGGCCAUAAUGCUAACAGUUUUCAUAAAACACAUUCAGAGACUCUAAAUUAGUGUGUUAUUGUUUGCACAAUGGCGCCACCUUUUAGUUUGCCUAUACAGUAUUUACUUCUGUUUAGUGCUCUGAACCGGAAGUAGCAGUGCCGUUCCGUCUUCUACUCGUGUCGCAUUUCUACUCGCAUGGAUUCUUCAUUCGACGUUUGUAAGUUUUACAAUAUAUAAUAAUAAUAAUAAUAAUACAUUUUACUUAUAAGGCGCCUUUCUGGGCACUCAAGGACACCGUACAAAAUCACAACAAUAAAAUCAAAUUGGAUAAAAACAACAACAAAGAUAGAUAAGAUAAGAUGAUUACAAUGAAUAAGCAGUCAUAUCUAAAACUAUUCUUACUUACUAAACCGUCCCAUGUGUGAUGUCUGUAGGAGUGUUUUCAUGCAUAUUUGUACGUGCUAUCGUAAUGUAAUCAAGCUAGCGUCGUUAGCAUUAGCUCAUACGCUAACACGUUUACGAGUGUCUGUGUUAGUAUUAUUAACUUACAACGGUAUUCCUUUUGUAUUGUUUCAGUUUUGUAAAUUCACCAAAAACGUCACCGUGGAGUUAUUGAGUCUGUUUAGCUGAUUGGAGAGCUAGCUUCCGUAGCUAGUGGGUCCAUGACGAUGGCUUCUGUUUUGUUUGAUCAGCCGUUUUACUGCCGUGUUACAGACACCGUUUGGAAACAAUUAAGUUAUGUACAUAAACAUUUACAGAAUCUUUCUACGUAUGUGGGCUCUGUACCGAGGAUGUCGUUGUGGCUUGUACAGCCCUUUGAGACACUUGUGAUUUAGGGCUAUAUAAAUAAACAUUGAUUGAUUGAUUGAUUGAUUGAAAUAACUCAUUUCACAACAUAUAUAUCAGCAUACUUGCCAACCCUCCCGAUUUUCCCGGGAGACUCCCGAAUUUCAGUGCCCCUCCCGAAAAUCUCCCGGGGUAACCAUUCUCUCGACUUUCUCCCGAUUUCCACCCGGACAACAAUAUUGGGGGCGUGCCUUAAAGGAACUGCCUUUAGCGUCCUCUACAACCUGUCGUCACGUCCGCUUUUCCGCCAUACAAACAGCGUGCCGGCCCAGUCUCACAAUAUAUACGGUUUUACACACACAUAAGUGAAUGCAAGGCAUACUUGGUCAACAGCCAUACAGGUCACACUGAGGGCGGCCGUAUAAACAACUUUAACACUGUUACAAAUAUGCGCCACACUGUGAACCCACACCAAACAAAAAUGACAAACACAUUUCGGGAGAACAUCCGGACCGUAACACAACAUAAACACAACAGAACAAAUACCCAGAACCCUUUGCAGCACUAACUCUUUCGGGACGCUACAACAUACACCCCCGCUACCACCAAACCCCGCGCCCCCAACCCUGCCCACCUCAAACCCCAUCCCCCCACCUCAAACUAGCCCCCUUUUCCUCUUUGGUCCGGAGGACACAAUGUCCACAGUUUCCAAAAACAAUUUGAAAUGUGGACACGUCAGACCACAGAACACUUUUCCACUUUGCAUCAGUCCAUCUUAGAUAAGCUUGGGCUUCCCCGAAGCCGGCGGCGUUUCUGGGUGUUGUUGAUAAAUGGCUUCCGCUUUGCAUUGUAGAGUUUUAACUUGCACUUACAAAUGUAGCGACAAACUGUAGUUACUAACAGUGGUUUUCUGAAGUGUUCCUGAGCCCAUGUGGUGAUAUCCUUUACACACUGAUGUCGCUUUUUGAUGCUGUGCCGCCUGAGGGAUCGAAGGUCACAGGCAUUCAAUGUCUGUUUUAGGCCUUGCAGUGAUUUCUCCACAUUCUCUGAUUGAUGAUAUUACGGACCGUAGAUGGUGAAAUCCCUAAAUUCCUUGCAAUAGCUGGUGGAGAAAUGUUGUUCUUAAACAAUUUACUCACACAUUUGUUGACAAAGUGGUGACCCUCGCCCCAUCCUUGUUUGUGAAUGACUGAGCAUUUCAUGGAAGCUGCGUUUAUACCCAAUCAUGGCACCCACCUGUUCCCAAUUAGCCUGUCCACCUGUGGGAUGUUCGAAAUAAGUGUUUGACGAGCAUUCCUCAACUUUCUCAGUCUUUUUUGCCACUUGUGCCAGCGUUUUUGAAACAUGUUCAGGCAUCAUAUUCCAAAUUAAGUAAUAUUUGCAAAAAAUUAAGUUUUCCAGUUCGAACGUUAAGUAUCUUGUCUUUGCAGUCUAUUCAAUUGAAUAUAAGUUGAAAAGGAUUUGCAAAUCAUUGUAUUCUGUUUUUAUUUACCAUUUACACAAAGUGCCAACUUCACUGGUUUUGGGUUUCGUACAUUGUUGCCUCUUACUAGCAGUUUUUCACUAUUUAGGAUGCACGGAAAAGGGAAAGAUUUUGUGUUUCUGUCUCGCAGACGUUUUGUGGAUGACAGGCAAAAUUAAAAAUAAUUGAAAAAUAAAGUGCAAUUCCCCUUUGAUUUAAGGAAAGAAGGAAAAUAAAUGUUUCACUUUUUGGAUAUGAGGAUCAUAUUUAUGUAUUAGGAUGUGCUUGUAUGUCAUGUGGUACAUUUAAUCAGCACAUUUUCCUAAACCGCACACAAACAAGGAUGCUAUUUUCGUGUAGAUACCACCAUAGUGAUUUAUUUAAUAUCAUUGUAAAUGAUAUUAAUCAUGUUGAUUUUAAAGUAUGGUGGUUAUAUUUUCAGUGUUUGGGUCCACUCAAGCCAUUCUGUAGCUUUAAUGGCGUAUUUUGCUACAUUGCAGUUGAAAGUUUACCCUUUAAUCACAUGCGGAUUUAUUUAUUAAAGGAUUUAUUUCAAGUAUUUUGUGGUGGGUUGUACUGUAAAAAAAAAAAUAAUAAAGUGUCGGUUGAUGUUUGACUGGUAGUGU